GGGAGUGAGUCCAACCAGAGUGAGGAACACAGGAGGAGGACAGAGAAAUAUAAGGAAAGAGUAAAGAAGGACAUUUCUAUACAGAAAGUGCACUCAACAAGAAGCGAGGCUCUGUUGCUGGACUCUAUUUUCUGUGGAGCUCCUGGUGUGAAUUAGCAUUAGGAGAGGUGAAAGUUCAAGGGUCGGACGUAGAGGCAGUGUGUGAAAAUGUCGAUGAGGCCUCUUCUUCUUCUCAUCCUGGGAAUCACCACAGCCACUGGUGUCACAGCUCAAGGAUCAUGGAGAAGAGACAACAAAGAGUCAAUCCCUUCAGAGCACCAUGACAACCAUGAGUGGACGACAUGGUUCAAUGUUGAUCACCCCGGAGGCCGUGGAGACUAUGAGCAGCUGGAGGCCAUUCGUUUCUACUACCGUUCCCGAGUGUGCCAGACCCCCCUUGCAAUCGAAGCCAGAACCACUGAAUGGGUCCCAGCCCGUGAAACUGGGGAGACGGUGCAUGCAGACCCCACUGUGGGCUUCUGGUGCCUCAAUGAGGAGCAGGGUCCUGAACGCAACUGCUCCAACUAUGCAGUCCGUUUCCUCUGUCCCAAAGAUGACAGUGUGAACAUUCAGGGUACCUGGGGACGGUGGUCAGACUGGAGUGUAUGCCCGGCCCUCUGUGGUCAGGUGGGACUCCAACAAAGAUCCAGAAACUGUGAAUCUAGCUCUGUACCUUGCAGUGGACCUAAAUUGGAAGCGAAACCAUGCGAUGGACCUGAGUGCCCUGAAACAGAUUGCACCCUGCAAUGUGGGAUGGGGAAGGUGAAUGCUGAGUGUGACGCAUGCAUGUGUGAAGAGCACAUCCUGCUGGGGUCUGUUCGAGGUGCUGGAGGUCUCACAGCUGAAGGGGCUACCCUCCUUCGCAAUGAGAAACUCCUUACCCUUAGCGACCACAACGGGCAUUUUCGCAUCCCUGGUAUCUGCCCUGAUGGCAACACCACCAUAACUGUCACUCUGCAGGGUCACGCCCCCUUCAGCGUUGUUGUGCCUUACAGUGCUGAACGCACCUCUGUCCUAACUAUCCAGCUAAAAAGAACAGAGAAGCUUCAUGUUUUGAGCAACCCUGAGAGCAAGGCCAGGAGGCAGGGACAAACGGCCGCCUUCUGCUGCAAAGUGGCGGGAACACCACAACCCGACAAGUACCAAUGGUUUCAUAAUGAGAGUCUCUUGGAGAAACACUCUGAGAGCACCUUGGUCCUAAGAAACCUGCGUCUUGAGCAGACUGGGGAGUACUACUGCAGAGCCAGUGGUUCCUCUGGGGCUAUUAAGACCAAACCAGCUACACUGAAAGUCUUAGGUUGGGAUGAGCACUCAUGUAAUCCUCUGCCCGAAUCCCACCUCAUCCGCCUUCCACAUGACUGCUACCAAAACAGCACAGACUCUCUCUACUACAAUGUGGGCAAGUGCCCCUCAAGUACAUGUUCUGGACAGCUUGACAAUGGCAUCAGGUGCAAAGACAAAGUCACUUACUGCUGUGGUGUCAAAAAGAUGGCGGCGAGGCAGCUAACAUGCCAGGGCUACCUACUGCCUACCAAGGUCGUGACUGAAUGUGGCUGCCAGAAAUGUGUGGACACCAAGGCCAUUGUGCAUGGUAGGGCCAUUGCUGCAGACAAUGGUGAGCCAAUGAGGUUUGGCCAUGUCUUUGUGAAUGGAGUUCGAAUCAGCCGCACAGGAUACAAAGGUACCUUCUCCAUCCAGGUUCCUCCAGACACAGAGAGGCUAGUCCUGACUUUUGUGGACAACAUGCAGAAAUUCAUCAACACGACAAAGGUACUUCCAUUUAACACUAAAGGAGGAGCUGUUUAUCAUGAGAUCAAACUUCUCAGAAAGAAAGCCCCUGUUACUAUCAGCUCUACAGAAAUCAACACUCUGGAGCUUGGGGAGGCGGAGGGCCGGGAUUCAAUGGUACAAAUCCAGAUUCCUCCCUAUUCCUUUUAUACAGAAAGGGGAGAAGUCUUUACUGGUAAAGUAAAUGCCAGCGUAACGUUCCUAGACCCUAGAGACGUCUCCACAGCUGCUGCAGCUCAAAGUGAUCUCAACUUUGUAGGAGAUGAAGGAGAUACCUUGCCACUGAGAACCUACGGGAUGUUCUCUGUUGACUUUAGGGGGGAGGAAAACAAUGAGCCCCUGAAUGCAGGUGAAGUGAAGGUGUUCCUGGAUUCAGCCCAGGUGAAGAUGUCCGAGCACCUCAACACCAUGAAGCUGUGGUCACUGAACCCUGAAACUGGCCUGUGGGAGGAGGAAGGAAGUCUGCAGGUGGAGAAGAAAAGAAGAGGCAAAAGGGAGGAGAGAACAUUUCUGAUUGGCAACAUGGAGAUCAGAGAGAGACGUCUUUUUAACCUGGAUGUCCCGGAGAACCGCAGGUGUUAUGUGAAAGUGAGGGCCUUCCGCAGUGAACGCUUCAUGCCAAGUGAGCAGGUGGAGGGAGUUGUGGUGAGUCUUAUCAACAUGGAGCCAACAGCUGGCUUCUCCACUAACCCACGUGCCUGGGGCCGUUUUGAUAGUGUAAUCACUGGCUCCAAUGGGGCAUGUCUUCCUGCCUUCUGCGAUGAACAAAAAGCUGAUGCUUACUCUGCCUAUGUCAUGGCGAACCUUGGAGGAGAGGAGUUGGAGGCUGUGUCUUCGUCUCCAAAACUCAAUCCCAACCUCAUUGGAGUUCCCAAGCCUUAUCUGGAUAAGAUGAACUACAGAAGGACUGACCACGAAGACCCCAGAGUGAAAAAGACUGCAUUCAGCAUUAAUGUGGCAAAACCAGGUUCCAACGCUCCAGAGGAAAGCAACGGACCAGUGUACGCAUUUGAGAAGUUGAAAGAAUGUGAGGAGGCUCCAUUCAGUGCGGCACACUUCCGUUUCACAAGAGUAGAAGGAGACCGUUAUGAUUACAACACAGUGCCCUUCAAUGAAGAUGACCCAAUGAGCUGGACCGAGGACUACCUGAGCUGGUGGCCCAAGCCAAUGGAAUACAGAGCCUGCUACAUCAAAGUCAAAAUCAAUAGCCCACAUGAGAUCAAUGUGCGGUCCCGCAACACGGGUGGCACCCACCCAAAGACGGUAGGCCAGCUGUAUGGACUCCGAGACACUCGCAGCAUCCGUGACAUGGAUCAGGCAAAAAUGUCAGCAGUGUGCCUGGAGUUCAAGUGCAGUGGGAUGCUGUAUGAUCAAGAGCGUGUAGAUCGUACCCUGAUUAAGGUUAUUCCACAAGGAAGCUGUAAGAGAGAUAACGUCAACACUAUUCUUCAGGAGUAUCUGGUCAAUCACCUGCCCCUUGCUGUCAAUAAUGACACCAAUGAGUUCACCAUGCUAGGACCUCUAGACCCCCUUGGACACAACUAUGGAAUUUACACGGUGACAGACCAGGACCCCCGCACAGCCAAAGAAAUUGCACUUGGACGCUGUUUUGAUGGCACCUCUGAUGGUAUGUCUCGUGUCAUGAAGAGCAAUGAAGGUGUUGCGAUGACGUUCAUCUGUGGAGAUCAUGAAGUGUCAAGCCCUAGUGUCUUCCAGGCUCUGCAGAAUACUCAAGGUCAGACAAUAACAAGCGUUGUGAGAGGAGAGGGCCGACAGAACCGACGCCGGCAGAGGGCCAAUGCACCUCGCAGCAGCAGACGUAGCACCAGAAAUCCUACAGGACGGCGUGCCAAGACCACGAGCUAAACAACACUAAAAAAAGGCUGCUACUAAGAUAGGUAGAUAGGGUUAACCUUUCUUUUUGAUUAAUGAUAUAUUGAAUAUCCUUUCCAAUUAAUUGAAUAUGUAACUAAAGAAAGUCUGUCUGGCAUCAUCUUCAUGAGGAAUAAUUGCAUUGUUUUAUCUUAAAUGUUCACCUGUACUGUGGUAAAUAUUUACUUGAAACUGUAAAUAGAGUAUUUAUUACACAUGCCUUAAACAUAGUAAUCAGAGCUGUGUUAUUGCAUUCAUUUAUUUCCUUGAUUUUAUAAACAAGAACAAGAACACAACCUAUUGUUUUGACCAGUGAUUUAUUAAAUUAGAUGCUUAUAAAA